AUAAAUACGCGCAUAAAAAUAUGAAAAAUUGUUUAAAAAUUAUUUUCCCACAGUUUUCUUUCAUUAUAGUGGCUAAAUAGUCUAAAAUAAAGUAAAAAAAUAAAAAUUCCUUCGACGUAUGCAUAACCAUCAAAUUCCAACCGCGAUAAGAGAGUGUAAUGGUCGCGAGGACGUCGCAGAAUAUUAUCCACGAUUAUCAUGCACGCAGGGCGGUGAUGAGCGCGAAUUUCGUGGGUGGCGGACGAGAAAUGUGUUCCUCUUGACCGAGGCGAUUUUAAGGCACGUGAAAGAAAAAUGUGAGAAACAACGCGCGCAAAAUGUGGAAUCCAGACAUGAAGAAAAUGAUUACUCUUAAUCACAGCAAGGAGGGACAGGAAAAGUCCAAGAAAAUCUAUAGAUCAAUUAGUGAACGCGUCAAGACAUUGGACGACACCCGCGGAUGCGCAACCAGCAUAAAAGAUUUAUUUCAACCAUCGGUGCAGAUUCAACGCAGCCGUCUCCAAGAAUACUGCGAGCGUUUAAUUUUUUCCGAACCGCUCUCAUUCGGCCUGAAAGCAGAAGAACUCCUCUGGCGUAAAGUCUACUACGAGGUAAUCGCCACAGCCAAACGCUUGAAAAAAACCGAAUACAACAUCGAAGAGAAAUCCGCACUGAUCAACCACAUCAAUGCCGGCAUUGGCCAUUAUCACCACUACAUAUCACGGCUGCAAACCGAGUUUGAAAUCUCAUUCGAGUCGCAAACCACGAUUGAUUUCUACAUCAUCAAUCAAAAAUCCACCAAAAGAUCAGACUUAUCCAAUAAAAAGAAAGAAAGCGAUGAGAAUGAACUCGAAGAGUGGUGUUUAUCAUCCGUGCAUAGAUCAUGCAUCUAUUUAGGCGAUUUAUGCCGUUAUAAACUCGAAAUCUACCCGAAUUUUGAUCCGAAUCUAGCGAUUCGUUAUUAUUCACAAGCUUUGCUUAUGAAACCUGAGUUUGGCAUGCCACACAAUCAAAUGGGAACGCUUGCAACGUCUUUAAACCAACAUUUGGAUGCAACUUAUCAUUACAUCCAGUGUUUAAUGUCAAAGAAUAGUUUCGAAGGCACUGAGAAUAAUCUCCAUCGCUUGUUUGAGAAGAACGCGCAAUAUAUCGAGUCACUCCCGGUGGAGACGUCAGAUGGCGCCACGGAUUCCAUCGCGCAACUUGAACCCACGGAACAAGUACGACGGUUUCUCGCUAGAUUCCUGCUGCUUGCGGAUGUUUGGUUCUUUAAUAAAAUCCCACAUAUUUACGACCUAUGCCAUCAAACUAAUCUAGAUCUACAGGAGUGUUUAUCAUUCUUGAGACCUGUAUCGAGUGAAAGUGGAGAUUCACAAAAUGGCGACCAUACUGACACAGAAUCCGUCACGGAAUCACAUGCGGCGUUUCUAACGUCUGAUAUGAUAUUCAAAAUUAUUGUAAUUUGCUUACAGUGUAUUACAAAGUUACAGGGUAGUAAUAAUUCACAUCAGUUAUCGAAUGUGAUUGCAUUUACACUUGCGGUGUACUCACAACUUGUCCAACAUGUCACCGGAAGAAUACAGGAAAGUAUUUUGAAUUCCCCUGCAGGAGAGUAAAAUAACCCGGAAAAAAUUGAAACUUUUCGCGAGGAGACGUAAAAAAUCGGUGAUAAUGAAGAUUCCGAAUCAGAUCCUGAAGUUGAACUAGAUUCGCCUUCUGGGUCUGAAGAUGAACCGGAAGUGGAGCUGUUAGCAUCCUCUUCCGAUGAUGAAUUGGUUGAUGACGAGGAUGAUGACAGAGAUGUUAUUAUUGAAACUAAAGACACAUCAAAGGAAACCCUCGCCAAGUUAAAAUUAAUUGAGGUGAAGGAUGUGCUCGAUAUUAUACUGGAGGAGACCUAUUUGGGGAGUAUAAAGAUAUUAUCGGAUUGGUUGAGGAGUGAUGUGGAUGUUUUACGCAAUUGUGGAAAAAGCACCCGUUCACUCUUCUCACAAUUGGUUUAUUUGUUUAAUUUGAUUAAUAUUGACUUGAAAAAGAUAAAAAACGCUUGUAAGUUGAAUGUUGUACAAACGCCAUUGACAGAGGAUAUUUUAUUGAAAGACAUGGAGGUGGUAGCAUGUGGGCAGCAAGGGUUAGAUUGGAAGAUGUAUGGGAAGAGGCAGGAUGAAGGUUUGGUGCGGAUUUGUAAAUUGAUUCAAUUUGGGCAGUUUUUGGAGGAACAUGUUGAGACUGGAGUUAGUUAUGAUGGAAAGUCAAGGAUGUUCCAUGUGGAUAUGCGAAGUGUUGAUGGAGAUGACAUUUCACCAACAACCAUUGAAGAUUUGGAAGCUUUCGAUGCGAAUUUACCAACGGAAAACAACGCCGGGGCGAAAGUAAACGACCGCGACAACAAGCGGCAGUUGAUGAAGCACAUGGGACAACUGUGGCUGGCUGCCGAGGUGCGGGAUCUUGAGAGUCGCGUUAAGGGCAAGAUGUCUCUCUCGCCGUACUUGGUCGUUGAUGUUGAAGCACUUAUCAAACACAUGGACAUGGUCAAACAGUUAGUCUACUCCCGGAAGUUUCUUAUACUUGUUCCGACUACAGUUUUAUGCGCUCUGGAUGAUUUAAAGAAGAUUAAAUCCGAGGCGCGUGAAGUGAUCCGCUGGUUAGAGUCGCAGUUCCGGCAGGGCAAUCGCUUCUUCCGGUUGCAGCGGCAUCACGAGCGGCUCACUUUACCCCUGAUUAAAUACCCCAAGAAGAAGGAGAAGGAAGCGGUGGUGCAUAUUCAGAUAAUUGAAUGUUGCCACUUCCUCGCCGAGCAGGAAAAACGAGGCGGGGCUAAUUUAGUCACGCUAUUAAUGGGCGGAGCAAUGACUGGGGGUGUCAUGGGUGGAGCUGAUUCCACCAAAGAGUUUAGCUACGUGGGCCUGGCUCAGUCUGUGGGCGUGAAUGUUGAGCUCAUCAGUGAAUUCUACGCAAAAUGGAAGAAGAACUCCAAGGGUGGGAAGGGCAGAUGAUUGAUUAGAUAGAAUUUUGUUUGUUUGAUUUGUUACUUGAUGAAAUAUGCGCCAUAUUGAUUUUUAAUUUUUAAAUAUACCAACGGAUUGUA